AUGAGUAAGGAAUCCAUCUCCAAGCGGCAGAACCGCAAAAAUAGGACUUAUGGAGGAGAAGCUCUUGGAAAUUCCACAAGCCCUGAGCCCCCAAAAAUUACAACAAAGCCUUCCGUCAGUCGCACAAAAAAGUCGUCCAUCAAGAGUCCCAGCCAGAACUCCAUAAAACCAUCGAAGAAGCCAGUAUCCAAGAGCUCCAGGACCUCCACAAAGGACAUCGAAUCCGCCGGAGGGGAUUCGCCACAAAAUACAUGUCAAAGUGAAGGUCAAGGUCAAGGACAAGGUCAAGGACAAGAGGUCAAGUUGGAGACUAGGAUUUUUACAGGGAACUCAGACCGCAUUGAACCGCACCGACAUUACGGCGUCUAUUUAUUACGCAACCGCUUCGAUGCCAUACAAUUGCUCACCCGGAAUACGAGCUCCAGUACAGAUGAUUACGGCGAGCAGCGGAUCACUUCGGAAUUCCGGGGAAAACGCUGUGAAUUCCGGGUUUGGUCUCCCUUUCAAUCCAAACUGGCAGCCGGAAUAAUGGGUGGUGUCAGUGAUUUGCAUCUGCAAAUUGGCUCCAAAGUUCUUUACUUGGGAGCCGGAUUUGGGCGAUCGGUAUCCCACAUCUCGGAUAUAGUGGGUGAUUCUGGAAUGGUGUACGCCGUGGAGCAGGGUCCUUGGGCGGGACGUCAGCUGACAACACUGGCCAAUUGUCGUUCGAAUAUCGUGCCCGUAGUCGAAGACGCUACCAUGCCAUAUAAGUACCGCUUCGAGGUUCCCGCCUGCAUUGACAUCAUCUUCGCUGAUCUUCCGCAUGCGGAUCAGGUGCGAUCUCUGAUGCUGAACGCCAGACACUUCCUGAACCCUGGUGGUCACUUUGUGGCCUAUUUGCAUUCGGCCAAUAACAACGGUGUGGUCUUUAAUAAGGAUACCUUUGCCGCCGAGAGGAAACUGUUGAAGGAGCAGCAGUUGGAGCCAAUCGAAAUGGUUCUAUUGGAGCCCUUUAAGCCCGGCUACGCCCUUGUUGUGGGCGUGUACACACGUAAGGAUGCUGCCUUGUAG